AUAGAACAUUUUUGUUUCCCUCUUCACUCCGCUGUUACCAAUAUGGCUCCCUAUUCAAACUACAUUUCUUUCCUUUUCUUGACAACCCUUUUGUUGCCUCUUCAAAUCACUGCCAGAGACAGCCAAUUCUUCAGCAAAGUCACCCAUUUCAAUGAAAACAUCAACAACAACAACGUCAAAGAGACAGAGGUUGCCAACAAAGGAGGAAAAGAAAUAAACAAGGCAGAGCAACAACCAGUUUUCAUCCCCGAGACUGAAAACAGCUAUGGCCUAUAUGGCCAUGAUUCUAAUCAAUUUCCUCCCACCACCACCACCACCACUGAUGCUUACCACCCUCUCAAAACUGAGUUUGAGGACCCCACCAAGUACACCAACAACAAGUACUACAACAAUGAUGCCUAUAACACAAGGUUUGCAGAAACUGGUUACAACAAGUAUUACAACACUGAUGCUUAUGAGGGUAACCAAUACGAGUUAAGCGACACAAAGUCCUCAGAAGAAGGAUACAACUCCGUAGGAAAUCAUCAGAACAACAACAACAACAACCAGAAGUAUUACUACAACAACAACCACAACAAUUAUCAUGCUAACAAUAACAGGUACUCUUACAACAACAAUGCUGCCAACAACAGGUUAAAUGGUGAGAAGCAAGGGAUGAGUGACACAAGGUUUUUGGAGGGUGGAAAAUAUUAUUAUGACAUUGAAGCGGAGAAGUACAAUCCAACCGCACUCUAUGGUGACUCAGCUUCUAGGGGAGUGAACACUCAUAACUUGUACAACAACAGGGGUAAUAACUAUGGCAAUGACAACUACAAUGGGUACCAGAACCAGGAGGAGUUUGAAGAUGAACAACAAGAUGGCUUCCAGCCAUGAGCUUUGAUCAUUAGCAAAGUGAAGAAUUCACUUUUCUUUUGAGUAUUCUCUCUGGGUGUUCCCUCUUUUAAUUGUGCUUUAGAUUCAAGAAAAGACAAGUUAAAAGAUAUGUUAAUUACGGAGGGCUUUUCUUUUCUUUUUUAUUUUACUUAGUAGUAAUUUGCAUUGUCUCUGUCAUGAUCGGGAUACACCGCAUGGAGUACGAGAGCAUGUGUAAUUUUUGCUUAUAAUAUAUUAAUAAGUUGU